GGCAAACGCGUCAUUAAAGGGAGGGGCAUCAAGUUCACCGCUAUUCUUGCGUGUCGGAGGACCGAGUAUGAAAAGUGAGAGUACCCAGCAGUACGGGGAACCUAACAAGAAACCCGCUUGCGUCAAGUGGUCCACCCCGCCGUAGGACACACCGCUGAAUUCUGCGAAAUUGCGUAGCGUUACGGUCAGGUGUCGGGCAUCGGCAGUACCGCCGCACUGCUAGCGGACAUAGGCGCGGCUAAGUCGGCCAGCAGCUGAGCUCGUCGCGGGAGAUAAUGAACAGCCUGACGCUCGACCAGAGGUUCGGCGGCCACCCGGACGCUCGGUGCUGGUACGUAGCGUGGAACCCCGCGGGGACCCUGCUAGCUUCAUGCGGCGGCGACCGCGCCAUCCGGAUAUGGGGGAGAGAAGACGGAUCUUGGAAAUGCAAGAGCGUCCUCCAGGAUGGACACCAGCGCACCGUCCGGAAGGUGGCGUGGUCCCCCUGCGGGAACUACCUCGCCUCUGCCAGCUUCGACGCGACCACGACCAUCUGGAAAAAGAAGAAUCACGACUUUGAGUCUUUGACUGUGUUGGAAGGACAUGAAAAUGAGGUCAAAUGUGUGGCCUGGGCACCCUCAGGGAAUUUGCUGGCAACGUGUAGCCGAGACAAGAGUGUCUGGAUUUGGGAAGUGGAUGAGGAGGAUGAGUACGAGUGUGUCACUGUUGUGAAUUCUCACACGCAAGAUGUCAAGCACAUAGUGUGGCAUCCUACACAGGAGCUUCUGGCCUCAGCCAGCUACGACAACAACAUUUGUAUCUAUAAAGAAGUGGAUGAUGACUGGGAGUGCAGUGCCACCUUGGAAGGACACACAUCCACAGUCUGGAGUUUGUCCUUUGACCCAACUGGACAGAGAAUGGCCUCCUGCAGUGAUGACCGCACAGUGAAGAUUUGGAAAGGAUACCCGAAUGGAGCAGGAGACAUACCCUGGAAAUGCAUUUGCACUCUGUCAGGAUUCCAUGGACGAGCAGUAUACGAUGUCGCUUGGUGUCAACUAACUAGUGUCCUGGCAACAGCCUGCGGUGAUGAUGGAGUACGUGUGUUUAAGGAGGAUGAGACAGCUGACCCAGACAGCCCUGUAUUCUCCCUGGUUGCCCACGUACCUAAGGCCCACAGCCAAGAUGUCAACUGUGUAGCCUGGAAUCCAAAGGAGGCGGGGCUCCUGGCCUCCUGCAGUGAUAGCGGAGAUAUUGCAAUAUGGAGCUAUCAAGAGGAGAACUAAACACAAUUACCACGCCUCACCUUUCACUCAAGACUCUAUCAGUGCAGCUGGUUACGUUUGGAUGUACGUAGGACUGAAAUUGCUUAGUAUUAAUUUUGUCCAUUACUUCUCAUACAAAAGAUUUGAUAUUUGGAAAAGGUCAGGUCACCAAUGUCUGUAAAGCUCCAAUGCUCACCUCUAAAAUGAAUAUGCUUCUUAUCAAGCCUUGUGCUUCCAUGAACCUGCGUAUUUUUAUAAUGCAAUUUAGUCAAUUUGUGAAAAUGUUUUAAAAGUAUUCAAUAAACAGCAUCCUGUUCACUAUUCUCAGAACAGUAAAUAACCAUUUUGAGAACUCACAACAGAAUUUUGAUUCUUUAUUGGAAAAAAUAUCCAUGGCAAACUGCUCUAUAAAAUUCUAGACCAGUCCAACAAGUACAUUUAAUAACGAAAGUCUUACAGCCACGGAUAUAAGGUUGACAAUUUUUCAUUAAACUUCACAACACAGAAUCAGUAAAAUAGGGGGCGCCCUGGUGGCUCACCUGGGAGAGCGCGUACCACAUAAGGAGAGACCUUACAACAGCAGCCUGGGUUCGAAUCUGGCUCGGGCUCUUUGCUCCAUGUCAUCCCCUCUCCCCUGUCUUUCUACUAUCACUGUCAAAUCCAUCCAUUAUCCAACCCAUUUAUCCUGCUCAGGGCUGCGGGGAUGCUGGAGCCUAUCCCAGCAGUCAUUGGGCGGCAGGCGGGGAGACACCCUGGACAGGCCGCCAGUCUAUCACAGGGCCCACACACACACAAAGUCACACCUCGGGACAAUUUAGUAUGGCCGAUUCACCUGACCUACAUGUCUCUGGACUGUGGGAGGAAAAACAUGCAAACUCCAUACAACCCAGGACGACCCCCAAGGUUGGACUGCCCCGGGGCUCGAACCUAGGACUUUCUUGCUGUGAGGCGACUGCGCUAACCACUGCGCCACCGUGCCGCCCAUCACUGUCAAAGGUGGAAAAUAAUCUAAAAAAAAAAAAAAUCCGUAAAAUACCCCUUUCAUAAGACUAAAUUCAAUGCAUGGAUUGAAAUAUACUGUUGUUACCACUGUGUGAAUGCUGGAGAAGUUUGUGAUAACUCCUAAGGGAAUUGUUUGAAGAUUGGAACAAUUUCAAAUAUUUUUUUUUAAAGAAUAUUAAUUAAUAAUAAAAAAAAGCUCAGUUUGGGGCUUUAAUAACAGUAUCACAAUGACAAGCAGACUUUCCAAUGUACCACUGAAACAUCUUAAUGUGAACUAACAGAUCCUAUACAUGAUUCUGGACUGGUGGAAAUUGGAAAUAUGACAACUUGACUGACAACUCAUAGAAGUGCCCUUGUUUUUUAGUAACAAACGCAGGGAAGACGCUGGCAUACUUAAAAACAAGUGAAUUUAGUUUAAUAUGUACAGAAAAACUCUGAGCCAACUUAUGACU